AUUGAAAUUAUAGGAUUAGAAUAUGCACUUACUGCUAAAUUAUACGGGCAACAAAUUGCUCAUGAAACGAUCAUAAAUGCACUUCGGGGCCACUUGAAAAAUUACAAUUCGCAUAAGGCAUUGGUCAUGAGUUUUCAUGGCACACCAGGAACAGGCAAGAACUAUGUCGUGCAGAUGAUUGCCAAAGCUUUUUAUAAAAACGGUGUUCAGAGCAACUAUUUCCAUUUUUUCAAUGGCCGUAAUGAUUUUCCUCUGCAACGAAAAGUAGAUGACUAUCAGGAAGAAUUGUAUAAAAUUAUUUUCAAUGGUCUGCAACAGUGCGAGAGAUCGAUGUUUGUAUUCGAUGAGGUGGAUAAAAUGCCAGAGGGUCUACUAAAUGUACUGGUACCAUUUCUAGACUACAACAAUUAUCACAAAUCCACUAAGAAUAGCAAAUCCGUGUAUCAGAACAAAGCUAUUUUUAUAUUUCUCUCAAACACUGGUAGCACCAAAAUAGUGCAGCAUCUCAAAAACCUGUGGGAGAAGGGCAAGAAACGGGAGGACACAAAACUACAGGAUUUUGAAACACUCGUAGCUGGUGGAGCAUUCACUGAAAAGGGUGGUUUCUAUCAUAGUGACACUAUACAGACUAGUGUGAUUGAUCAUUAUGUGCCGUUUCUACCUCUUGAGGAAGUGCAUGUUAGAAAAUGCUUGGUAAGGUCUUUCACAGAUCGAAGUGUCAUUCCGACAGAGGAGAUGUUACAGGAGGCACUGUCGUAUUUAACUUUUGGCCCUGAGCCGCUUAAUCUGUACUCGAUGGCAGGCUGUAAGAGGAUAGAACAGAAAGUUGCUACUAUUGUGUAUCGUAAACAAUCAGAGUCCAAACCUAUUGAUUGAAAUAAUUUGAAAUACUGAAAUUUUUAAUAAAAGUAAUAAUACUGAUAA